AUGAACAGACACCUUUCUCAUGACCUCUAUCAGCAGACUAGGCUUUUGCAACCGACAAGGACCAUCACCGGUUCAACAAACAUUGAUUUAAUCACUUCAAAUCCACCUGGAAAUGAAAGAGCUGAAUCGCACAGAGCACGUAGACGUAGUAGCGAACAUGGUAGAGAGAGUCAUAAUCAGAUCAGACACGAGUCAUGGCACAAUAGCACUCAACCGGAUACUCACGAAAAACCCAAGAAAAAACAUGAAAAGCAUAAGCCGGAUGAAACGAAGAAAAAACACAAUAAAUCGGAAAAGAAACAGGGAGAAAAGAAAAAGCAUCGGAGUGGGAGCACGCACAAACCACGAGCAAAGGAUGCUCGCUCGAAACAGACAGCUUUUGACAGUUUUGAUGAAGAACUGUUUGUUGGCAUGGCCAAAGGUGAGGCGGACAAAUCAAGGUCCAAAUCGGGUGGUUUGAAAUCAAAAUCAAAAAUGUCUCUGCAUAAAAGUAUCAAUAAAACGGAUCCGAGUGAGCAUUCAAUGAAAUCGACGGAAAAACCCGUCGGUGGUGAUCCGAACCGCGCUGCUGCCGUGAAACGGCGACCAUCAAUUGAGAUAGAAGUGUUUAAGGAGAUACCGAUGGCUAAACGUCUUGUAAAUAUACCAAUGCGUGCAUUGGCCGUGGUGAUUGAGCUUCAUUUGAUAUGGUGGCUAGUUCAAUUGCUCAUGCUUGUCUGGAUGACAACCAGAGUGGAUUGGCAAUUGCGUGUUCGUUCCCCGUUGGUAUCUUGGCCCGGCUAUUCACCUUCUCGUAUGCCAUGGUUGCCUGGACAAAUAAACAUGCGAAACCGUCUGUAUGCUGUUUGGAUUAGUUUGGGCGCGUUCUAUCUGCCGCUGGUCAUUCUACACAUGACGAAAUAUGUGGAUUACAUCCCGAAGCCGUAA